GUGAAGAAUGAAUAAGAAGAACUAUUCCCCUCUCUUCUCUUGUGUCUUUUUCUCUCUAAUCUUCUCUUAUAGUUGUUUAUAUUUUCAUUAGUUUCAUAACAGUAGGAAAGCUUUUUAAUAAUAUUAUAGAUGUUGAGAGAAAUUACGAGUUAUGUUCGUAAACGUAACUCAGGAAAACUUAUGUAUUCGUUGGAUUAAGUUUGUUCAUUAACACCCUAUAUUUGUAAGUGUAGUUAACCUUUAUCUUUAAGACGUCGCCUCGGGUUAAGAUUGGUGGAAGUGUUCGACAACAUCAGAAGAAGGCAUCACCCAGAAAGGUUGUACCUCCUCCUUGACAGGGCGCUAAGGGGCGCCAGCAGCCUGAUCGGCGUGCCAAAGCUCCACAACGCCAGCAGGGUGUGGGCCAGAUGGCGGCAGCUUUCGAGCAAUCGAGGAGACGCAGGCUGAUUUUACAAGAGGAAUCUGAGGAGGAGGAGGAGGAGGAGGAGGAGGAUGAGACCAUUGGUGGUGGGUCAAAUCCCCCUAUAAAGCUGGGUGUUCCUGUUGGACCGACGAAGGACCCUAGCUCGAAACCUCGGGCUCGCCCGCGUCUUCGAAAAGGAGGAGCAGUCUGCACUCUCAGUUCAUCCCACAAGGAUGGGGGCUCUACUCCUUCUGGCGAUCUGCUUGACUUGGUGGAGAGGGAUUUUGUUGAUCCUUUGGGCGAGCCAGUUGAGGAGACUCAACAUAAUGACAGUGAUUCUGAUGAUGAUCAGACAGUUGAGGAUCAUAACUCCUUUGAGAUCAAGCGACGGUCGCCAGUCGAGGAUACUUUGAAAACUCGCUACAUCAUGAAAGGGCGUGUCCACCAAGUAGUGGAAGCGUUUGAAGUUGGGUUAGUCAUUGCAAGGGAGGAGGAUGGUGGGGACAAGGGAGGGAGUUCAAGGCUGAAUGAAUAUGGGUCUAAUAUGUUGGACCCUAUCAUGGAGAAUCGGAAACGUGUGAUUGAUGAGUUGGAGGGGGAGGUAGGUAACCCUCCUACCCCAAAGAAACAGUUUGUGGAAUCGGUUGAUGAUCUGGAUAAGGUGGAGAAAGCCAGCCUCGAGUGGCCCCCAGAGGAUAAAUGAGGCUUCUGGCCUGUGACACUCUAAAACACAACACCUAACAAUGGCCAAGUGUAACCAAUGAAAGGGACUGCAGUAU